AUGAUUCUGACCAAAGUCGCUUUGUCAUUGCUUGUGGCUAUGGCCCAAGCCUGGACCUUGGAUAGCAGAGAGCUUAUCCCCGAGGAUGGAAGCUCCCUGGCAGAGCGCCGGCUGCCUAAGGCGAGCAAGGUCCGUGGCGUAAAUCUCGGCUCCCAGUUCAUCAUCGAGGAGUGGUUUACGAAGGAUAGCUGGAAGAACAUGGGCUGCUACGGCUGGUACGACGAGUGGAAUUGCGUCAAAGCCCUCGGUCAGGCCAAGGCUGACGAGGUCUGGAAAAAUCACUGGAACACGUGGAUUACCGAGGCCGAUAUCAAGCAGAUUAAGGAGAUUGGCCUUAAUACUGUGCGCAUUCCCGUCGGCUUCUGGAUGCGAGAGAGCCUUGUUUAUGCAAACGAGUAUUACCCCCGCGGGGGCCUCCCCUAUCUCGACCGUAUUGUCGGGUGGUGCAAGAAGUAUGGUGUCUAUGUCAUCAUUGAUCUCCACGGUGCCCCCGGAUCGCAGUCUCCGAAUGAGGAGUUCACUGGCCAUAUUCUUUACCAGGGCGUUAACCCCCCACAGUUCUACACUUCUACCAACUAUGAGCGAGCACUCAAGUUCCUCGAGUGGAUGACCAACCGUAUCCAUACGAAUGGCAACUAUACAACUGUCGGUAUGCUACAGGUUUUGAACGAACCUGUCCGAGGCGGAGUUAACGCUACCGAUAUGCGCAAGAACUUCUAUCCAAAGGCAUACGAACGCAUCCAGGCCGCCGAGGCUAAGCUCAACGUUGCCAAGGCAGACCGCCUCCACAUUCAGUUCAUGGGCACGAGUUGGGGAUCUGGAGAUCCAAGAGAGUUCCUACCCAGCACUGAGAUGGCUUUCUUCGACGCCCACCGCUACCUAAGCUUUGACAACCGCAUCGAGGGUACAAAGAAAGCUUACAUCACGCAGGCUUGCAAGGACAACAUGGGCACCAACGUGACGGUGGGUGAGUGGUCGCUUUCGGUGAACAGCACACUGAAGAACACACCCGAAUUUAAAUACGAGGGCCAAGAGACGUGGUAUCGCGCAUACUGGGCGGCGCAGGCCGAGUCAUUUGAGCGCUCCAAUGGCUGGAUCUUCUGGACCUGGAAGUGUGAUGGAGUUGAGGACUGGCGCUGGUGCUACAAGAAGGCUGUUGAAGCGGGUGUCAUCCCUAAGGAUGCCGGAUCAGCUGCGGCCCUUAGCCCGUUCGAUGCUAUUCGCAAGGCUCGGCUAUGGGUUCAAUCUUUGAAGCCGCAGAAUCUACAUUCCUCCUUAUAUGCACAGCCUCUCAAGCCAAGGUAUCCGGCCGAAGACCUUCUUGCUCUUGUUAACACUGACAUCCGAAAGCCAUUUGAUAUGGCAGAGGUUGUCGUUCGCAUAGUUGACCAUUCGCGAGUGUCAGUAUUUAAACCAUCGUACGGGAAAAACCUUCUCACUUGCUGGGCCGAAAUCCAUGGCUUUCGAUCUGGUAUAAUUGGGAAUCAAACCCCUGUCAUCCACCCAGAUGAAGCUUCAAAAGGCGCUCAGUUCAUCCGGCUCUGCGAUCAAGGGAAUAUUCCAAUCAUCUAUUUACACAACGUGACCGGAUUUAUGGUCGGCUCCAAGGCGGAGAGAGAGACUAUCAUCAAGAAAGGUGCCCAGUUUGUGGCCGCUGUGAGUUGCUCCCAAGUACCUCGGAUAUCCGUUAUUCUUGAAUCUUCAUAUGGUGCCGGAAACUACGUUAUGUGUGGAAGAGCCUAUGAGCCUCGGUUUAUGUUUACUUGGCCAUCUGGAAGAUGCAGUGUGAUGGGACCGGACCAACUCGCAGGGGUUAUGGAUAUUGUCCAGUCCGGAAGCGCGGCGAAGAAGAAUCUAGGGAAGGCAGCCAAGGUCCUUUCUUCAUCAUACAAGGCUAGCAUCGAAAAGUUUCGGCAAAAGGUUGAGAAGGAGAGCCAGGCAUACUACGCCAGUACUAACCUUCUGGAUGAUGGGAUAAUUGAUCCAAGGGACACAAGAGAGGUGUUUCUGUUUGAAUGUUGUUCACCUUGA